AAGAUAAAGAUGUCACUUACCGAAGAAGAAUAUCUUCAGCUUGAAAAGGAGAUCAAUUUGGACGAUAUUGAUUUCUCCGAUUUAGAAGAGAAAUACGAAGUCGACACCGGGUUAGACAACUAUGUUGUUGUUGACGGUGCCCCAAUCGCACCAGAAGCCAAGGUCCCAGUUUUGAUCAAGGUGUUGAAAAAGUUGUUCAGCACUGUUGGCGAAGUCGUUGAAGGCGACGACGGGAUCUACAUGCCUUUAGAAGGCGGUAAGUCCAAGGGUUACUUGUUUGUUCAAUUCAAGACCAGUGAAAUGGCCGAUGCUGCUAUCCGUCAAUUGCAUGGCAAGAAAUUGGAUCAAAAACACAGACUUUUAGUUAACAAGUUGAGCGAUAUUGAAAAGUUUGGUGCCGAAGGUGCUGUCCCAUCCGAAUUCAAGGAACCAGAAGUUGCCCCAUUCCACAGUCACGGAUACUUGAAGUCUUGGUUGCAAGACAAGCAAGGUAGAGACCAAAUGGUGUUGCACUUUUCCGACAGUGUUGGUGUCUACUGGAACAAGAAGAAGCAAGACCCAGAACCAGUCAUUGAACCAAGAAGAGCAUUCACUUCCAAGUAUGCCAAGUUCUCACCAAAAGGUACUUACUUAUUCUCCAUUCACCCUCAAGGUAUUCAAUCAUGGGGUGGUGAAGAUUUCAAGAGCAUUCAUAGAUAUAUCCACAACCAAGUCAGAUUAAUUGAUUUCUCCCCUAACGAAAAGUAUAUGGUUACUUUAUCCCCAGUUCCAAUCACUUUACCUGACCGUAUUUCCGACAGGGCUUCAUUCCCAUUUGGUCCUGAAUCUCAGGGCCACAAGUUGGUUAUCUGGAACUUGGCCACUGGUGAACCAGCCAAGACUUUUGCCUUGCCACCUCAUUUGGAAGGCCAAAAGGAAAUGCCAUGGCCUUUAGUCAAAUGGUCCCACGACGACAAGUACUGUGCUCGUCAAGGGCCAGAUGCCUUGGCUAUUUACGAAACCCCAAGUUUCCAAUUAUUGGACAAGAAGUUGGUCAAGAUUGAAGGUAUCCAAGAUUUCGAAUGGGCUCCAGCCGGUGUUCCAUUGCACAACAGCAAGACUCCCGGUGGUGAAUACGUGUUGAGUUACUGGACACCAGAAAGCACCAAUCAAACCGCCAGAGUUUCCUUGAUGCAAGUUCCUUCCAAGGAAGUGUUGAGAACCAUCAACUUGUUCCAAGUCAGUGGAUGUAAAAUGCACUGGCAAAAUGAAGGUAAGUUGUUGUGUGUCAAGGUUGAUCGUCAUACUAAAUCCGGUAAGACCGUUUUCUCCAACUUGGAAUUCUUUAGAACCAGUGAACGUGAUAUCCCGGUUGAGAAGCUUGAAUUGAAGGAAGUGGUUAUUAACUUCUCUUGGGAACCUAAGUCAGAAAGAUUUGUUACCAUUUCUAGAUUGGAUGACGGUAAUCCAAAUCCAGCCAUUCCAAAGAAUACCAUUUCUUUCUACGCUGUUGAAUCAGCCAAAGGUGGCAAAGCCCGUGUUUUCAAGAACUACAAGAAGAUUGAAAACAAGCAUUCCAACAGUGUGUACUGGUCUCCAAAGGGUAGAUAUGUUGUUGUUGCUACCAUUUCUAGAUCUUCUGGUGAAUUGGAAUUCUUUGAUGUUUCGUUUGACGAUGAAAACAAGAAGAAUCCUGCCAAUGUUAAAUUGUUGAACACCACCAAGUUCUCGGGUAUGACCAACUUGAGUUGGGAUCCAUCUGGAAGAUUUGUUGCUGCUUGGUCUUCAUCAUGGUUGCAUUCUAUUGAAAACGGUUACAGACUUUAUGAAUUCACCGGUAGUUUAUUGAGAGAACAAACCAUUGAUCAGUUUAGAGAAUUUAUCUGGAGACCAAGACCAGAAUCCUUAUUGACAUCUGGUGAUAAGAAGAAGGUCAGAGCCAACUUGAAGGAUCUUAGUGCUCAAUUCGAAGUUGACGAUGCCAUGGAGGCCGAUGCUGCUCUCAAGGAAGCCAUUUUGGCCCGUAAACAAGCCUUGGAAGAAUGGAGAAAGUACAGAGCUAAGCAUUUGGGUAAGAAGGUGCAAACCAAUGAAGUUCAAGCCGAGAUUAUCGAAGAAAUCAAGGAAGAAAUCAUUGAAGAAAAGGAAGAAAUUGUCGAGUAGUUUUAUCUGUGUAUUAAUAGUCUAUGUACAAGCAUUAAUUCUAGUUUUAAGCGGCAGCCUUGGUUUUUAAUUGUAAACCAUGCCAGUUCUUGAUUUCG